UGUGACCAGUGAUGGUGUAUGUUUCGGUUUCCCAGCCACAAAAAAUACAGAGCCGCCUUGAAGAAGGAAAAACGAAAGAAACGUCGCCGGGAACUGGCUAGACUACGAGACUCAGGACUGUCAAAAAAAGAAGAGGAGGAUCCUGCUAUUAUUGAAAAACAGUUAAAAGAAGAGAAGCUGUUGGAGUUAGAGAGGCAAAACUUACAUGAUGAAUGGUUAUUAAGGGAGCAGAAGGCACAAGAGGAAUUCAGAAUAAAGAAAGAAAAGGAAGAGACAGCUAGAAAACAGGAGGAAGAACAAGAGACAAACUUAAAGGAAAAAUGGGAAGAACAUCAGAGAAGAGAGAGAGAAGAGGAGGAGCAGAAACAACAGGGGAAAAGAGAAGAAGAGGAAGCUGUGCAGAAGAUGCUGAAACAGGCUGAAAAUGAGUUGGAAAGUGGUGCCACAUGGCAUAACCCAGAACCACCUGUGGAAAUAAGAAUAAUGGAGAAAGAUCGAGCUAAUUGUCCAUUCUACAGUAAAACAGGAGCUUGCAGAUUUGGAGAUAGGUGUUCACGUAAACACAGUUUCCCAACAUCAAGUCCCACGCUGCUUAUUAAAAGCAUGUUUACAACGUUUGGGAUGGAGCAAUGUGGAAGGGAUGACUACGACCCUGAUGCAAACCUAGAGUACAGUGAAGAAGAAAUCUACCAGCAGUUCCUGGAUUUUUAUGAUGAUGUGCUCCCUGAGUUCAAGAACGUGGGGAAAGUGAUCCAGUUUAAGGUCAGUUGCAACCUGGAACCUCAUCUGAGGGGCAAUGUAUAUGUUCAGUAUCAAUCGGAAGAAGAAUGCCAGGCAGCCCUUUCUCUAUUUAAUGGACGAUGGUAUGCAGGACGACAGCUUCAAUGUGAAUUCUGCCCAGUGACCCAGUGGAAAAUGGCAAUUUGUGGUUUAUUUGAAAUACAGCAGUGUCCCAGAGGGAAACACUGCAACUUUCUUCACGUGUUCAGAAAUCCAAACAAUGAGUUUUGCGAGGCAAAUGGAGACAUCUACCUAUCUUCAGUUUGGACUGGCUCCUUUGGAAAGAGCUCAGUGAGGAGAGUGAGGCUGGACCACCGUGAUGACUACUAUAAUCGACAAAGGAGGAGGAGGAGCCCUGUGCAGGCCCACUCCUACAAGAGGAAAGAGAAGGCUGACAGGAAGAGGAGGAGUAGUCACAAGGGUGAGAAAUCUCACAAACAUGGGUCUAGAAGCCAGGGAAGGCACAGUUCCCAAAGCAGUGGAAGAAAAAGGGACCACAGCGACAGGAGCAGCAGCCAGAGCUCCUCCAGGUCCAUGGGCCAUGGUGGGAAGAGGUCAGGGAGCAGAGACUGA